AUGAUCAUGACGAUUGUGCCUCGUGCCAUUGGCUCGUUGGCUGCUUUUGGGAGAAUCCAAGACUAUCUUGUCCAGCUUGGUAGAGCUGAUGAGAGAUACUUGUUCAAGACAGAUACCAAGCAUGAUAAGUCUUUACCAGCGAUUUGCUUUGAAGCUGUCACUGUCCAGUCUCAUUCAUCAUCGCACCCAGUUCUACAAACGAUCAAUUUCACCGCGAAUAAAGGCUCAAUAGUCAUCUGCGCUGGAGCUGUUGGAAGCGGAAAGACGAUCGUUGCCCGGUGCAUUCUAGGCGAAAUCCCAACGUCAAGUGGGACAAUCUCCGUGUCCACCAAGCGGAUUGCUUACUGCGAACAAUCGCCCUGGUUGCCGAGUGGAACUCUGAAGGAAACGGUUUGUGGCUUUGGAAAGUUCGAACCUAGCUGGUAUAAGCAUGUUGUCAGGCUUUGCUGCCUUGAUGAGGACAUCUCAGCCUUCCCGCUCGGGGACGAUACUUUGAUUGGGAGCCGGGGUAUGAAGCUCUCUGGAGGUCAAAGACAGCGGCUGGCACUCGCCCGCGCUGUAUAUGCUCGGUGCGAAAUUGUGCUUCUGGACGACAGCUUCUCGGCUCUAGAUCACAACACUGAGGGAAAGGUCGUUUCCAAUCUUCUGGGAACCCAUGGCCACUUCCGUAAGACAGGUGCUACAGUCUUCUUAAUUGCCAACUCCACCAAACACUUUAGCCUGGCGGACUCGCUGCUAGUUCUGGACAACGGAAAGGUCACAUACCAAGGGUCACCAAACGCAAUAGAUGAAGAAGCGGCGCAUUUAUGCCAGACGCAUGUCAGGGCGACAGUCGCUGAAACCAACACCGAUCUUGUUGAAUCUAGCAAGACAAUUCAGAGCCAAGCUCUAGAAGUAACUGAGGCUAUGGCUGAUCUGGGCCGAUCAACAGGAGACUUCUCACUAUAUGGUAAUGCUAGAACUCGAACGACGUGA